AGCUGGGCAGCCGUGCUGGAAAACCUACGACUUGAGAGGGAAGUAUGGGUGAAAAUCAAGAUUUUGCCGUUUCUUUUCAAGACAGCAAAGCUGCAUACGUACUCAGCAAUGUUGCCGAAGUGGUUGAGCGAAUUCUGACGUUCGUACCAACCAAAUCGCUUCUCCGGAUCGCAAGUGUGUGCAGACUGUGGAGAAACUGUGCCCGGAGAGUGCUGAGGACUCAGCAGCAGCUGACCUGGGUAUCAGCCUGUGGACCGUCUAACACAGAGGUUCAUGCCCUCUGCAACAUCCUGGCUGAGGAGGUCGAGAAAGUGUUUCUCCUACCUAAAACAGUUCUGGCAAUGGUAGACUGUGAGGCCUUCAAUGGACAAGCUUAUUGCUACAGACAGAAUAAAGCAAAAAAGAGUCGCCACAGUCCCAACACAGUUGAAGAGCUGAACCUGCUCUUCCCCAAAGGAUGUGACAUCAUGGGCAUCUCUACACCCGGCAUAGUCUUGACUCCCAGUGGCUCCUGCUCCAGCCCUCCUCAGGAAUACCAGGAGGGGGAGGCAGGUUUUGCGAUCAUGUUCCCCGGCGUAGAAGGUGUCCACAUCAAGCCCUUUCAUUUCUGCAAGAAGUCCAUUUCCCCAACAGCCCUGAGAGAAGCAGGACUAGUUGACAACCCAGAGCUUCGUGUGGUGCUGAUCUUCGUCUAUGAAGCAUAUAAAUCUGGAGGAGCACGCUUCCUCAGCCAGAUACUGGAGCCGCUGGCCAAGAGCAAAGCUCUCAUUGCUGGAGGGCUGGUAGAAAGUGUCUUAUCUCCCACCAGACACUGCUGUAGCCAGGGUGCAUAUGGCGUGGUGGGCCUGGCCCUGAGUGGCCCUAAGGUGCAGGGGGCAUCUGUGCUCUUGGACCAAGACAUCAGCAACGCAAAGGCAGCUGAAGCCACGAUCCGCCGGCUAAAGGCGGCCAAAAUUCCUGAGAGGAACACCCUUGGGUUCAUGUUCGCCUGUGUGGGGAGAGGCCAGAACUACUACAGCAACCAGGCUAACGUAGAGGCUGACGCCUUUCACAAGGUGUUCCCCAACACCCCGCUCUUUGGCCUGUUCGGCAACGGCGAGAUUGGCUGCGACCGAAUCAUCAAAGAUGACUACACGCUGUGCGACACUGACACAGACAGUCUGCAGCAUGAGUACACUACAGUCAUGACCCUGGUCCAUCUAGGCUGACUGACUGACCCACAGUGACAGUGGACUAACAGGAAAAAAAGACGACCCAUCAUUCUCCUGCUUGCAGCAGCAGUCGGGAACAGGAAACAAUCUGUAUGGUGUGUAACUCACGUUACGACUCAGAAUAUUGCUGUCACCAUUUCUGCUCAUACAGCAGGAAAGUGAUCCCUUUAGCCAUCAGUGUAAUGGCUUCAUUUGGGAAAUUGUGUCCCGCCUUGGAGACUGUGCGCGUAAACACAGCUUCAUAUAAAAGUAGUGAGUUUCACAAAGUCGACAAAAGACAAGCCGAUCAUCUUACGUUCAAAUGUGCUAGAGCACUGUUGUGAAAUAUAUGUGUUUAUAUUUUCCCCAAACUUCGCACACAUUCAAGGCAUAUCUUACAACAUCCACCUCAUGGUCUGUUGGCUUUGCAGGUGAGUAAGUUAACAAGCGAUUGUUCAACUGUAGUUGUUGCUUCAGCGCAGGCACUUUUUAUUCAUGCAAGUAAGAGGAGUGUUGUCCCUCUUCUACAGAAUCAAGGUAAUCUUGAUUUGAAUGCUCUUGUUUUGUAGGUUUUCAUUCAUGGUUUUUUACGCUUUUGUCUUACCCGUGAAAAAAUAAUAAACCGUGUUAACCUACAAAUUAAUACUCUUUUGCGAGAUAUCCAUGUACCGCGGUUCAUUUGGGCACAUCAGUCGGAAUCUUACAGUGCCUCUUUUUUUUUUCAUCCACAUGUCAGGUCAUAUCUCCUACUACCUACUUCCAACUGUUAAUGGAUGAGCUCUAUGGUUACUUCAUCUCCCCAGCUUCUGCAGCUUAAAUGAAAGAUUCAUCUUAAAACAGGAGAGAGAACAGGGCUGCCCUGUUAGCUGUGUUAGUGACACUGACUCGCAGAAACUCUCAGUUUGACCUCACUUUACUCUCAGCUCUUCUGCAAUGAACUAACUUUAGGAAAAAGUGGUUGGAAAUUGAAGAUAUGCUGUUCAAAGCCAGAAAAAAUGUGAUGGAUUUGGUGUAGAUGAUGAUGAUGUGUCCCUCGCAAAGGUUUUUGAAAUCUUGAUGGUGUAGUCUAAGACUAACUACCUAGUUGCAGGUUCGAAAAAGCGGCCAAAUAAAAGAAAUAAUAUCGCUGUCUCUCCAAAUCCAAUCAUGCUUCUUAAAGGCCCCGCCGUUGAUUCAUGUCAUGCUUUUUCCUCAUGAAGAAGAAUCUCAUGACAUGUAGGUGCAAUUUCCAGUAUGUAUAGGUUUGUUGGCCGUUAGUUUGCUGUUACAUGUUGAGAUUCAGCUUUUCUAUGCAACGAUGAUUGUUGCAAAAACGGACACCUUUUAAGGAAGUUUCAGUAUUUUUACUUUGGACAAAUGAAAACUCCUCCUUUGUGUCGGACACACACAUCUGCCCUCACAGUUUUUGAAGAUAAAACGAAGACUUAUUUGAAGUUAGUGUUUAUGGCUCAUUGAACAAAGUUGUUUUCGGUGUUGAUGCACUUUUCUACAUGUGCCAAAUCAUGUCUGUUCUGCUCUUUCACUCAAUAAAUGACAAAACUUCAGUAUGUGGACAUGUGC